GCGCUUUGAUUUUCCCCGCGAAAUUGUAACCAAGGAAACGCAAACAAUAAUGAUAAUGUGCGGGUACUAUAACCAUCGAACAAAAGCAAACAUCUGCAUGCAAAAAAUGACCUCGUACUGGAGUGCAGAAGAAACCAAAUGUCUAGUAGAAAGCUGGAAAAACACAAUGGUCCAGCACAACAUUAAUGAGAUCCCUAUUGUCAGAAAUAGCUUUCUAUAUAUGGAAAUAGCAGACAAAAUGGCUAGCAAUAAUUAUAGUAACAAGGAUUGGAAACAGUGCAGAACUAAAAUCAAAGGACUUGUUGCCAAAUAUAGAAAGAUGAAGGAUGGAAAUAGAGUAAGUGGGACAGACAGAAAGGAUUGUCCUUUUUAUGACUGCUUUGAUUCCAUUCUGGGCACCAGAGCAGCAACAGAGCCACCUGUACUAAUUGAUAGUAGUGAGUCUGCCAUCGUCAUCAACACUGAAGAUGACGUUGACACUGAUGAUGAAGGUACAGUACAGAACAGUUGCAUUGCAGGAGGUACAGUGGAAUACUCUCCAGAAUUACUUAGCGUUCCAGGGGAGAAUAUAGAGCCUGGCAAUGCAGUUGUGGCUGCUCAACCAGAGGGUGCUUCAGUAGUCACAGAAAUGCAUGCACCUAAAAAAGGACACACAAGAAAGAGACAGGGAUCAGGAAAGGCCGAUAUGGCAGAAAUGUUGAUGUUGAUAGAAAAAAAGGCAGAUGCGAGAGAAGAAAAGCUAAUCAAAAUGUACGACGAAAUGAAAGAAAAAAGAAGAGAGAAAGAGAGGGAACAUGAACUCAAUAUCACAAAAGUGUUUAUGUCCAUGAUGGAACGAAUGGCACCACCACAGCACCAGCCGUACCAAUCGUAUGACUAUAGCCAACCAUACUACCCACCACAUCCACAAUAGCCAGUUAACACUUUAUGAUAUAGCAACAAUAAUACUAUUAUAAUUGUGAUAAUUACUUACCC